AUGACCGAGGCCCCACCCCUGGCACUAGCCAGGUUCCUCUCGGAAGUCUGGGACCCGGCAUGUUGCUCUAAGGCGCUCCGUGCUCAAGCGGACGAGGCUGCAGCUACAGCUGGCCCAGGCGUUGUUGCUGGCUUGCUGCCUGUGGCUGCCAGCACGGCAGCUGGCCUGGGCCUGGGGAUCCUGGCAGGGGCUGGUGCACGAGCUCCAAGGCGGCUGGUGGAUAGUGCGGCCAAGCUGCACUACAAGGUCAACAACAAUGAUAUUGUGGAGCUGCAUUACAGCGACUCAGUGGUGUCAUACAUAGAUGUGGCGAGGGUGGACACUGCAAGGAUGGACAAAGUGAGGGUGGUGGAUUGUAUCCGCUUAUGGGCUAAAAUGGCCAUGAGUGACGCGGUGGACAAAGACCGGGCUAAAGCCCCCUCACCCUUGCUGGUCUCAGGGCUUGUCAAGACGGGCAAGUCGUUCACCCUGGAGCAUGUGGUUCCUGCAGUGGUGGUGGAGGUGCUGCGCCAGCAGGGAGGGGAGGGCCCCCUGGCAGGCAUGGUGGCCCUGCGCCUGAACUGUGGUCUGCUGCAUCGGCAGGCAAGUGCUAAAGCCAUGUUGCUGGACCUGCUGGGUGUGCUGCUGAGUUGGGCACGCAAGGAGCAUGUUCCCAUGCGGGAGGGUGCUCUGGAGGCUGCAGAGGAUGUGCUGGUGCGGCACUUCUUCAGCACCGACCCUGGCUUGCUGGGCCACACCAUCCGGGAGUUCCUUAAGGCGGUGGAGGUGCCGGUGCUCGUGUUAUGCGACGAAAUGCAGAGCCUGUUCCUGCCGACCAUUGAUGGCAAGCUGGAUGCAAGUGGGGCUGCAUACAUCCGGGACUCAUUCAUGAAGCCACUGCUGGUGUAUGGCUCCCACACCAUGCUGUGGUGCAUAACCGGCAGCUCCAUGGUGCUGACCUGGAUUAGCCUGGCCAACAUGCCACCCAAUGGCUACACAGUCAUCACUGGUGCCAGUGCCGUGAACCUACCGGCAACCUACAGGCCCGAGCACAUGAGCUUGGCAUGGGAGCUGCUGAAGAGCUCCAAGGCCGGAGUGCAGCUGGACCCCAAGCUGCUGGAGCUCUGCCCUCCAUCCAUAGCGCUCCUGACAGUCCUGGUGGAGGACUGGAUUGAUGCUCUACCCCCCCUAGGCCUGGAUGUGGCAGCCUUUGUCCAUGGAUUCAUGAGGAUGAAGCUCAUUGACGAGUCACGAAAGGAGUGGAAGCUGGGCCUGGAGGGCAUGCCAUUGUCGCAGCACAUUGCUGUGCUGGACUUGGCGUUUCCAGAUGUGGGGGCGCGGCUUGACACAAAUCUGCACCCUGGCUUACAGCAAUUCCUGGAGCCACACCUGGAGAGGAAGACGGAUGGGUGCUACUACUUCCGCGACCUGCACCAGCGUCAGAUUGCGCGGUUGGUGAUCAACCAGGAUGGCACACUCCGGGACAGCUGGAGCAGCCUGGAGUUCAGUGCCACCCUAAUGCAAUUGGACACGAUGGUGAACCUACUCCGCCUUGGUGAGGCAGCCGACUACCUGCUUGGGCCCCGUGCAAGCCGCCGGUGGGAGCAAGAAAAGCCACCAGCUGGGAUGGAUGAGUUUACGGCUAAGUUGCAGGCCAUUGCAGACGAGAUCGCCACCAAGUUGGCAAGCGACCAGGGUGGCAUGGUGUUGGGCCUUCAGGAACUGUGGGAGCGGCAGUCUUGGUUCCAGAAGGUGCUGUCAUCGAAGUGGAAUGACCGACUUCAAAAUGACUACAAGCAGGCACGGUGCACUCACCUGGCCAUGCUGGUGUUCUACCUGCGGCUGAGCCGGAACAUGCUGGUCCAUGUGAAGCCUUGGGAUCAGGAGCACAACAUCCCGGUGGAUGUGGAUGUAAUCGAGGCACUGCCCAUGGUGCUGGGACAGUCCUUGUUUGACUUCAAUGAAGACAUCGUGAGGGUGCUGCGUGUGCUGUCAUGCCACACCAUGGAAAAGGACAUGCAGUUUUGUGCACAGCUAUCAGGCAGCGGUGGCGGCAGCAUUGAGGGGUUGACUGAUGAUGAGGGCAGCAGCAGUGGUGGCCUGAGUGGCAGCACUGGCGGCAGCAGCAGUGGUGCUCAGCAUGGUGGCAGCAGUGAUGCCCGGCCUGGGGGCAGCAGUGGCACCCAGCCUGGCAACAGCAGUGGCACCCAGCCUGGCAGCAGCAGUGGCACCCCGCCCGGUGGCCACAGAGGCACCCAGCCUGGUGGCCGCAGAGGCACCCCGCCCAGCGGCCACAGAGGCACCCCGCCCGGCAGCCGCAGAGGCACCCCGCCCGGCGGCCGCAGAGGCACCCCGCCCGGUGGCCACAGAGGCACCCAGCCUGGCGGCCGCAGAGGCACCCCGCCUGGCGGCCACAGAGGCACCCAGCCCAAUGGCUGCAGUGGCACCCAGCCCAACGGCCACAGUGGCACCUGGCAUGGCAGCGGCAGCAGCAGCGCCCGGUGUGGCAGCAGUGGUGUAAUGGCGAUGUCUGACAAAUGCCCACCAGUGUGCCUGGGCCCAGCGGCGGGGUGUGGUCAGCAUGGGCUGCUGGUUCACACCACAGGCAGGCAUGGGAUGUGGGGCCAGGGAGGGCUGCGGGUAGCCACACUUGCACCACGCGUGCAUGUGCAGCGCUCGCUCUAUGCACCAUCAGCAGCAAUAGUGCUACGGCUACCCAGAUGA